AUGUUCUCCAAAAUGGCCAUGUACCUGACACGUGAGCUAACAGCCACCAGUGAAGACUAUAAACUUCUAGAAGGUAUGAACAAACUGACUAGCUUGAAGUAUCUAGGUAUGCAAGAUAUUGCAGUGAACACAAGUAGAAACCUAAAGGACUUAAACCAGAAAUCUGCAGCACUUCAACCUUAUCUGUAUCAGAUCACUUUAACUGAGGAGCAAGUAGCAGCUCUCCAACAGGCAGUUUAUAUGUUGGAUGCAUAUUCAAAGAAACUAGAAGCAAAGUACAAGAAGUUAGAAAGGCAGUGA